AUGAUCAAUGCAUACACUUCAAUGGCUAUGGAAACUUCUUUCAAAGCCCUUGAAACAGGACCAAUGGCAGAUGCAGCCUACAGUGCGGCAAAAGAAACGGAAAUCAGGACCGAGACUGUUUUUGAUGCUUCAUAUGAUCCCGUUUCUCGGCCUAAGUCACAAACGCACGUUAAAGCAGGUCUUAAUGUACUUGCCAUAGAUGAAUUGGAUUUAAAGGGACAGAAACUCGCAUUGGCUGGUUGGUUGAGACUUGAAUGGAAAGACGACAGAAUUGUUUGGAACAAGACAGCCAAAGAUGACAUAGAGUACAUAUUUACACAGCCAAAAUAUAUAUGGAGACCGGAACUUGUAGUUGACAAUGCCCUUGCUGACCUAGGAGCUAUAGAGAGUACCGAUCUGUUAAUGAGAGUAAAAUAUACUGGAGAGGUCGAGUGGGAGCCCCGGAUGCUAAUUUCAACCCACUGUCAGGUGGAUAUAACAUACUACCCGUAUGACCAACAAAAAUGUGCCAUUGAAAUCGUCAGUUGGACAUAUACCAUAGAAGAAGUUAGGCUUGACCACUUAUAUGAGGAAAUUAAUCUUGAAGAUUUUGAAAAACACGGUGAAUGGGAAAUAACACAUACAGAAAAUGAGGAUAAAAAUCUAACAGAACAUCUGCCGGACGGAACAGUAAGGGUGUAUCCACAGCUUGAUUUCUGGAUUCAUCUAAGGCGGAGAACACAGUUUUACAGCUUGAAUGUUAUGAUGCCAAUUAUUUUGACAUCACUGAUGACUGCCUUGGUUUUUAUCGUUCCUGUUGAUUCGGGAGAGAAACUGUCCUACGUUCUCACGGUUUUUUUGUCGCUUGCUGUUCUUCUGACCAUCGUCGCAGAUUCCAUGCCACCAACUUCAAUAACAAUUUCAGUCUUAAGUCUGUAUCUUGGCAUUGUGCUGAUUUUGGCAGCAGUUAGCAUCUUGAUAACAGUUCUUAUUCUAAUCAUGAACCACAAAGAAGGCCAACCAAAAGAGAACUCAUUCGUUGUUACAAUAACCAGGUGCACGGCCAAAAUGAUAUGCUGGAAUUCGUCGGCUUUAAAUUCAAUGUCAUAUGACAAAGUUUCACCAAAGAAAGUGUCAGCAAAAAUGGAAACUGGUGGCAUCGUAUCUACUGAGAAGCUCAAUGACGUCCAAUAUGACGUCACAUGUGAAACAUCUAAUGAGAAGCUUAAUGACGCCACAGGUGACACUCUGAAGAGAGAUCAAUCUUGCGUUGACAAUAGCAUUGAACUCACAUGGAUGGUUAUGGCACAAAUAUUAGACAGAGCUUGUUUCUACGUCUUUCUAAUCAUUACUGUAGUAAUGAAUAUUUCGUUUGUAGUUGCUCUUGCUACAGGCGGCCGAACAAACGGACACUGAAACUUUACCUUCAAAACCCAAGCUAGACGGUUUGAUAUGUUGGCACUGUUAUGUAUAUUUUGUGUGUUUCUUUUUCUUUUCAAGUUGAACUAUUUUAAUGGUUCCAAGUAAUGCUGCUAGUGAAUAUGAAAUAUCAAUAAAAAUUGAUUGAUUCUUCAAUUAUGGUAAUUAAGGCUGUUCAGUACGACGUGAUAUACUCCACAAAAUAAAGGAAAUUAACUGACUAUUUCAAUAACUCUAAGAUAUUGUGUUUUUGCAGAGUGUUAUGAACGUUCAACAUCAUAUAUUAAUUGUCACUGGUCAGUUUGACCGCCUAUUUGAGUAAAUGUACCAUAUCAGAACCUUAUGCUGCUAUUGUUGUCCAUUUAAUAAAAAUGGUACCAAAAUAGAAUGCUUGGAUACAGUCUUUUAUUUAUAAACACUGUUUGUA